AUGGACUAUUACACAGUUCUAUCACGUCCUCCGUGCAUAGAAAUAAAAUAAAUAGGGAAAGAGGAACAGAUUAUUACUUCUCUGCAACCAAAAAAGCUUCAAAACCUACAAAAAUGGCACACGUUGAUGAAAUCUCAUCGGAUGAGAGAGAUAAGCAAGCAUUACAGCAUAUUGAAGAUGUUACGAUCCAUGCCAGCCAAAUCCAACGACAAAUCCUAACUCAAAUUCUGUCAACAAAUGCCGAUGUCGAAUACUUGCAACAACAUGGCCUCCAUGGCUCUACCGAGCUUUCAACCUUCAAGAACCUUAUACCUCUCAUCUCAUACGAACAAUUAAGACCUUAUAUAGAUCGUAUAGCCAACGGCGAUGAUUCCCCAAUCCUAUGCACAAACCCCAUCACAGAGUUCUUUAUAAGCUCUGGGACAUCUGGUGGAGAGCCCAAGUUGAUUCCAAUGUAUGAAGAAGAGUUUAUGAGAAGGCUAUCAUUUUUUGACUAUGUGAUGCCAAGAAUGAAGCAGCUGUUUCCAAAUAGUUUGGUGGGCAAAGGCAAAGGAAUGCACUUUCAGUUUGCAAAGGUUGAGUUAAAGACAAGAUCUGGGAUUGUUGCUCACACUGCAACUACUAGUUUGUGCAAGAGAGCAAACCUCAAUAAUACAAGUCCUAAAGACAUCAUUCUCUGCACAGACACCAACCAAAGCCUGUACUGUCAGUUGCUUUGUGGGCUGUGCCAGAACGACAUAGUGUUUCGAGUUGGUGCUCUGUUUGCCUCAACCUUAAUCCAUGUCCUUAAAUUCCUCGAAGAUCAUUGGGUUGUUUUGGCUAGUGAUAUAAGAGCAGGAACCUUGAACACAAAAAUUACAGACCCAUCAGUGAGAGAAGCUGUUAUGAACAUUCUAAACCCCAAUGCUCAACUUGCGGAUUUUAUUGAAGCUGAAUGUAGCAAAGGAACAUGGGAAGGAAUCAUUACAAGGCUAUGGCCGAACGCCAAAUACAUUAAUGCUAUUGUGACAGGAAGCAUGGCACAGUACCUUCCCAAGCUAAAUUACUACAGUAAUCACCUUCCUAUUGUUUCUGACCAUUAUGGUGCUUCAGAAUGCUUCCUUGGGUUAAACUUAGAUCCAUUGUGUAGUCCUGAUCGAACCUCCUACACUUUAAUUCCGACCAUGGCAUAUUUCGAGUUCCUGCCGAUCGACAGGACGAAAUCCAGUAGAGAAUUAAGCCGAGAAUUAGUUGAUCUUGUUGAUGUCAAGUUAGGACAUGAAUAUGAGCUCGUCAUCACUACUUAUGCUGGGCUCUACCGUUAUCGCAUGGGGGACAUUCUUGGUGUGACAGGAUUUAAGAACAAAGCCCCAAAUUUUAGUUUUGUAUGCAGGAAAAACGUGGUUUUGAGCCUUGAUAUUGAGAAAACAGAUGAAGCAGAGCUUCAUGAUGCUGUACAAGAAGCAGCUCGUCUUUUGAGCCCAUUUGGGGCGGCCAUUGCUGACUACACUAGCCAUGCGGAUAGCUCCAAGAUUCCUGGACACUAUGUGUUGUACUGGGAAAUUCACGUUAAGGGGGGAAUUUCUAUUCCAUCCUCAAUCUAUGAGGAUUGCUGCUUCGCCAUUGAAGAGUUACUUAAUGGACCAUACCGCUAUCUACGAUCUCAUGAGAAGUGUAUCAAUCCAUUGGAGAUAAAGAUUGUAAAGGUUGGAACUUUUGAGAAACUCAUGGCCCAGGCACUGAAUCGAGGGGCUUCAAUGAGCCAAUACAAGACGCCUCGAUGUGUAAAUUCUACGCACAUCAUUGAGCUUUUGGACUCAAACGUUGUUAUCAAAUACUUCAGUAAAAAAUGCCCAAAAGUGGAUACCAAGGCUCUGCACCGUCUUCUUUCCUAGUAGUUCUUGGUGCAAGUAAAUUAAUUCAGCUUGUUCUUCAUGUAUUUUCAAGUUUCUGAGUUGAGAUUGUCAUAAGUUUUUCAUCUGGUUUGCUUUGUUCUUGAAAUAACAACUGGGUUUUGUUUUUUUGAAUGGUCAAUUUCAUUCCAUGGCAUGCGAUGACACUUCCACGUGCUUUUGACAA